AUGUUCCCUGCUCUGGAGCCGCGUGGAUCUGUCAAACAUACCGGAGAAGUUGGCGCAGCUACUGUCGAGUUCGCCGUCAAGCUCUGUACCGAGAACUUGCUGCGAGUUACGGAGCUCAGCCUCGUUGCAACACAAGUCCAGCUCAAUGCAGACGCAUUUGCGUACGCCCCGCUGAUCCUCGAUUGUCCCCUGUUCCGUGGAGAGACCCCGCACUUGCAUCACCUGUCCCUCGUGGGCAUACGCAUACUGUGGGCUACGGGCAAUUACCGCAACCUUCGCACGCUCAAGAUUCAACGUUGUAAUGUUGGCUGCGGCGUUGCUGCUGAUGUCGACCUCUGUCAUAUCUUCUGCAACUCACCAAACCUCGAGACUCUUAUUCUGUCCCUGCGCACGACUCUCAAUUGGGACGUUGGAGACGACGCGCUGCUGCCGGAGCACGGUGACAUAGAACGCAUCCCAGUGCGGGCGCUACGCUCACUGGUGCUUGAACUUCCUGUCCCUUAUGCAAAGCACCUCCUAGCAUCCAUCGCGCUUCCUCCAACACUCAUCCAACUUCGUCUGUGCCUCGAGCCUCCACUCACCCAACCCUCAACGGUUCUGACGCUCCUUGAUCCUUCUCUCCUCCUGUCCUGCAUCUUCAGCCCUACGACCCGUCUGCAUGUGCUCGACAGAACCUCUGACGGCGGCAUACAGGUCCGCGGAUACACCUCCGCGGGCGCCGCCGAGACGCCGUGGUGGGAGUACGGUUGGAAGCACCGGAGCCGCCUCCCACGGGACAUGCUCGAAGGAGUUGCGCGCACGCUGCAUGCGCGAUACGCCCUCUCACACGUGCACACCGUCGCGCUCGUUGCCGAGGACGGCUGCUGCCAGGACGCCAGCGGCGCGCUGCCACUCCUCGCGCCUCUGCGUCAGAUGACGCGCCUCCACGCGCUCACGUGGUCGUUGCGCGUGCUCUGCACAAUGGCGCAGACGUGCGCAGACGAAGGGCAGGCGCCGUGGAGCGCGCUUCGAGAGAUUGAGCUCGUGGUGGCGGCGUGCGAGCCGAGCCUGCCCGCGGUAUUCAAUGCGCUCGUCGCUGUCACGCAUCGGUCGCAGGCGUUGCGCACCGUCGAUGUCACGUUUCGGAUGCCGGCGUUCGCGGAAGACGAGGUGACCCUCAUCUUGGAUAUGGUCCGUGGAGUCAGGGACAUGGACGUCGCGAUCGUGUGUCGGAGGAUAGACUCAUGUCAGAUCCACGGCCAGAUCGAGGCUGUCGAGGAGCUCGUUCCCGGAACCUAG